CUGUCAGUCACCAUCUUGUCAUCUACAACUUCUCCGCCGAAGAUGGCUUCCACCACCUUGUACUGCCCUGUCCCGGGCACGUACGGCAUCGCCCAGCUAGACAUCGAAGCAACUAUCGAGCACCUGGAUUCCGAAGCUCGGGAGGCCGCCAAACAUGUCAAGCCGGCACAAUGCUCCAUCUAUUUCUAUCUGGCCACCGAAUUUCCCUUCCCGAGCAGACCGUGGACAAGAUAUAUCACAUACAUAAUCGGGCCCGGUCUCCGCGCUGUAGACCAAGACAACUGCUUCACGCCCGAAAUGUGCGUCCCCAUCUUCCCCGCCACCAAGCACCCGAACCAGCGCGCACCUCUCUAUCCAGAGACGCCAUUCCCGUUCACGAACUGUUACCACUGGGCCUACACCGACCUCCUUCUCCGCGUUUCAACCGGAGAAUAUCCCUGUGAAGAUGACCCGCGCGUCACAAUGCUGCCCGCCGGCGAACACUUGAGAUUGGACGCGUUGCUCACGGAGGAUCUGGAGGCUGCGAUUAUCGCGAGAAGGGAACGAGAU